AUGAAGCUGGAGUGGGCUGAAACCGAGUCCGACUACGGACUGGAGGAGGCUGCUUUCUACGAAGGUCCCCCUGUGCCUGCACCACCGCCUACCAAACACGUCUCAUUCAGCCUGAGACUCGAUCUGUGCGAUGAGGGCGGCGGUGUUGCGGACGGAAUCAAAACGGAGCCCCCGGAGGCGGAAGAACCUCGCACCAUGCAAAAGGUGCCAUCUCUCUCCGACCUGUCUGACCCGGAGGCUUCCUUAGGUUCACUCCAACCCAACCAAUUUAAGUAUGCAAAAGCUCAAACUAAAGAGCUCGUUCAUGGAAGGGCUAUACCCAUGCUUAUGGCUGUUUUUCUCAACGUCGUGCAGCGAGCACAUGUGGAUUUCGAUAAUCCACAGCCUGUACCACUUGCGUGUCACAUGGCAAACCAUAAUCAAUGGUGA